AUGUGCUGGAGCUGCUCGACCAAUUCAAAUAUUCUCAUUUUGUCGGUUUCUUCCAUGUUCAUGCAUCUCGGAGUUUUCUUGUUUAUUACUGGAACGAAUCAGCUCGACUCCAUGGAAUACUAUUAUUUCCUCCCUUCAAUCGUCGAAUCCCUCGCAUCAAUUUUAUUGAUUUCACACACUUUCUUCGAAUUUGAAAAAUUCCUCCAGUUUAUGGUCUUGUUCUCUGUGCUCGGAUCUGGAGCUACUAUUGGCUUGACACUGUAUUUGAUUGUUGUCUUUACUCGUGCCUUUGGAGUUGGCUUCAUUUUUAUGUUCACUGCUUCUGCCGGCUAUAUUCUCAUGGCCUUGUUUUUGAUAACGAUUUCUAUCUCCAGAACUGCAUUUGCUUUCAUGUUAUGA